GUGCGGUGCAGCUCCUGGAUCACACUGUUUGACGGUGAUGAGAAGUUGCGGCAGUGGGAAAUGGACGGAAUGAGACCGGGUUUUAAUCGCCGCGCAUCUGGCUCUCCGAGUGCGCGCAGUUUACGUCGGACAUGAGUUCGGACUGCGAAAGUUACUACACCGAAGAAAACGUGCUCGUGGAGAACUUCACGUGUCCGAAAGCGGACGGUGACACCACGGCACUUUACUGCUGCGGGUUCAGUGACUUGAAGUACUGCUGCGCUGACCCCAACAGCUUUUUCCCUUACGAAUAUGGAUACAUGUGGUGGUUGAGUCUCGGAGCCCUCAUGGGUCUCUCAAUAGCAGCUGUGGUUCUUCUCGCCUUCAUCAUCACUCUGUGUGUCCUCUGCUAUCUGUUCAUCACCACCAAACCCAGAGGUCUGGACAAUGGACUGCCGCUGCGAGCACCAGGUUCUACAUCUAGCCCACAAGCACCAGGGCCCAGUAACAGCAGUGUCCCACCUGGUCCCCAAGGCCUCAGGAAACACUUUCUGAGAGGCAGGCUGGACUGUGACAACCAACCCCCGGACCCUGAGCGCCUUUUCCAACGUUGUUUCAUGGCUACAGUUACGUCUGUCAAAGUGGAAGGUCCUGCUUAGCCAGAGUUAUUUCUUGGUGUUUCUUGGCCACCUACCUGUCACCACUGCACUAUAGUUUUCUGCAUUAUAACAAUCCAGGCUGAGCUGAAGUUUGAUCUCCACAUAAUUACAUUUUGUCAUGUUUGAUUGAACAGAACACAAAUGCAAACAUUUCUGUUUGAGCCCUGAGACAAAUUAGGCCUGUUUUAGAAAAAGAACAAACUGAAAAGGUUUCAGCUGAUUAAAAAUGUAGCCAAAGAUGCAAAUGUGAUUUCGAUGGCGUAACCUUUUGCAUAUAUUACUUUUAGUUUGGAGAGUCACAACUGUUAUUUGUUGCACUGAAACCCAGAAGUUAUUUAAUCAACAGAGACAGCAAAACCUCUGAUUGAAAAUCAUUAUUUUGCUGCCUGUCCCAAAAGGCAUUGCAGUCUGCUUGAAGGAAUACAACUAAACAGUACAAUUAUAGACUGCUACUUUAUGGAUAAUUGAAUAUUUAUAUGCUGGCAAAUUGCCAGCAGUGGGUAUUCAAAAGAAUAUAUUUAGCCUACUGAAAAAUGUUGAUUGCACAUUAUUUAAAAUCCACAGUUUGAAAUGGCUUUAGAUGGAUGAGCUUACUUCUAAUACAUUUAUUAGUGAUUAAUUCACUAAUUAAUCAUUUUUUUAAUUCAUUUUUUUAAUUAAUCACAGAAAAAAAAAUCCAACAUUUUCCCAAAGUCCAGAGAUUGGUAGCAGUGUUCACAACUUUGAUAUUUUAUAAAAAAUGUAAAAAUGAAGUCCUCUCACAUUUGACUUCUUUAAAUGAUAAGUAACCCCAACAUGGACCUUGAGGGGAGAAAAAAACAAACAAACUCAUUCACUCAUUUAAAUCACGGGGGGUUUGGGGUGGGCACACUGAGUUUGCCCACAUGCUGUGUGUUUAAUUUAUUUGAGCCAUUUCUUCUCAUUUAAAAACUCAGUGAGCACAGUGUGAAGAGGCAUUCAAUAAAGAGAGGGCUUGAACUCUGAGUUAAAAUGAACCCAAAGUAUCUCACUGCUACCGAAUCCUGUCUGCUUUUUUUUUUUUUUUACACAUUUUAGACAUUUUUUAAUUUUAAGUCCUUUUAAGCAUGGGAUAGAUAACAUUACUGGCUUCGUCAAUCUCUUAAAGUAGUUUUUGUCAUUCACACAUGGGUUACUUUUAUGCCAAUUUCUCUCAUGGAACAUAUACACAUAACACUCAUCACCCCGGCUAUGAGAGCUAAGGUAUAUGUGCAAUUCUUGCCAUAUGUUCAAAAAACCCGUUGCACUUUUUUUCAGUCAGCAUUGUGUUUGUUUACUGUAGUGAAGCGUAACCAUUACAACCACCACACUUUUGAAAAUGUUGUUGUCCCCAGCAUUGUCACUAAAGAAUGGCGGGGUGCAUAUAUGUUUGUACAGUGCAGCACCAAUGGCUAGCUGCUCCUGCCACUCCCGAUCAGGCUUUCAUAAAGACAGAGCUCUUUCAAAGACAAAAAUAUCAUUUUUAUUGCAAAUGAGAAAUUCUGUUUUUGGUUUUUUUUGUUUGGCCUUUUUCUCCUUUUUUGUUGAAUGUCAGGGGACAUUCAUAGGAUAAGACAAAGCUAAGUGAUGGGAAGUCCUAAAUAAAUGAUAAAAUAAUGGCGACAAGAGAAAAAAACAAAGCGAGAUGACUUGGCAAACAGACAAUGACUGAAGGAAACAUACAGACUAAAUGCACAAAAAGGAAAGUGACAAUAAGACACAGGUGGAGUGAAUCAAGACAGCUGAAAGAGACGCAAAUAAUUUGCACAAAGAAACAAAGUACAGACAAACAGAACUGCAGGACAACAAAGGAAAAAAUAAGAUGUUGUAACAAAAGCCAACAACCAUGACAGAUUAACAUUUGUGAUUUUAAAGGAAAUGUCUACAAAACUCCAAGAUCGAUCACCGGUAUCAGGUCAAAUGUUCACUCUGGGCGGUACAUUGGUUUGUUUUGUAUGCAUAUAUUUAGUGCUAAUUAACAAGCCAAACUUAAACAGUUGGUGAUCAUUAUUCUUUCUUAGCAACUACACCUUAGCGUUGUCAUUGUGAGCAUGUUACAGUAGUAUUAGCACCUGUCUCACAACAAUGAUGUGCCUUAUAUUCAGGCUCACAGAGCUGUUAGCAUGGCUGAAGUCUCUUACUUUGUGUUGUAUGAGAAACUAUAGCCAUCCAUGCAGACCUGAAAUACUGGAGUAUAAAGUAGGCACCAUGCAUGUGGUUGAUACUGGCACUCCAGCUCGAAUGGCAGCAGUUUCUCUCUGGCAGCUGCCACUGCAGAGCAGAGCAGAGCAAGGGUGUGUCAAAACUGCAUUUAAAGCAGUCCAACUGUACAUUGUGCUUUGUUCAGCAACCACCAAAUGAAAAGAAAGCUAUGGAUUUUUCUUUUUUUCUUAUGUGACUUUUUUGUUUGUUGUUUUUGUUUGUUUUCAAUCCAAAACACUUGAAUUAUGUGAUUUGACUUUGUAAUUUCACAGUGUUUUUGAGUCAGCUGUAGGAAUGAAAACUAGGUCUGGCCGUGCUUUAAUCCAUCAGUGUUGUUGUGCUUUGCUGAGUGUGAAAAGAAUCUGGAGGAAUUUCAAACCCAGUUGUAAAUCUCCCGUUUACAUUAUGGAACAGUUUGUGUUUACUUUGCAAAGAAAGAAAGAAAGAAAGAAAAAUAAAUCAGCUUUAUGUUGUAGUUGUGGGUUUUCAUGUUAAUGCAACUGCUCAGUUUAUUUAAAUAAUAGAUGUCGGGCUUAUUAAUGACCUCAUUACGAUAAAUCGUUCUUAUUGUUGAAAUGUACUUACAGAAAAAUGUUUGGCAGCUCAAGUGCCUAUUACUGAUAAAUAAGUUAUUAAAGAUUAUGAAGCUA